CACUUCUCGGAGACUGUCGUAACUGCUCGUCAUCGACCCUUUUCACUGCGGCUCCAUCGCUGAGCGGACUGGCCCGCUGUUCUCGUGCGAGACCUCAGCGCUUACUGUCGGAUCGGUGAACUCCCAGCGCCGGCUCCCUGAAAGCCUCCAGCUGCUGUCCAAAUGCAGGCGAUUAAGUGUGUGGUGGUCGGCGACGGGGCUGUGGGUAAGACCUGUCUGCUGAUUAGUUACACCACCAAUGCCUUCCCCGGUGAAUACAUCCCCACUGUCUUUGACAACUACUCUGCCAACGUGAUGGUGGAUGGGAAACCAGUGAAUCUGGGUCUGUGGGAUACAGCAGGACAGGAGGACUACGACAGGCUCAGACCACUGUCUUACCCACAGACGGAUGUGUUCUUGAUAUGCUUCUCCCUGGUCAGUCCGGCCUCCUUUGAGAACGUCCGAGCUAAGUGGUACCCUGAGGUGAGACACCAUUGCCCCAACACACCCAUCAUUCUGGUGGGCACCAAGCUGGAUCUACGAGAUGACAAGGACACCAUUGAGAGGCUGCGGGACAAGAAGCUGUCCCCCAUCACCUACCCGCAGGGCCUGGCCAUGGCGAGAGAGAUUGGAGCCGUGAAGUACUUGGAGUGCUCCGCGUUGACCCAGCGAGGCCUGAAGACGGUAUUCGACGAGGCCAUCCGAGCUGUGCUCUGCCCCCCACCCGUGAAGAAGAGGGGGAAGAGAUGCACCAUGUUCUAAGGAGGAAGCACUGCUAACACUACACCACAUCACCAUGAACAACAACCACUACUUCUCUGAGAGGAUGAGAAAGAAAACUAGCGAGAGUGAGUGUGCACUGCUGAGAUUGCUUUCUUUAUAUUGAUGUUUUUUCAAAGUCAUAUUGGUAGGACCAAUAUUUAACCCAGUUUUUUUAACCAUUACAGAGUAAGGUCAUAGGUUCUCUGUGAAAGACGAUGACUGUCCUUUGUACUCAUAGACACGUGUCAUGUUGCCACGAGGGCUCACAAAGACUUCUAGAUCUUCUUACUGCAAACUCUUUUGUUCCUAUGCUUGCUUGAAAUAAUGCAGUGUUGACUAGAUAGAACAUGAACUGUGAAUACGCCUUCAGCUCCGAAGUUACCCUCAGCUUCUGAUCUAGGAUCAGCACAUUAAAAGAAAUACUGCCUUCAUUCGUUCAGCCCUCAUUUCUGACAGCAUGCACAGCGAGCUCACCCCUGACAUCUGGUCACAUGACAGAAACACCAGCAGUUAGACUCUCUGACAGCUCGGUUCACUGGUUCCUGAUUGGCAUUUGAUUAUUCCCGAUCCAAACCAUCCAUCCAUCCGCUUCCGCUUCUCCUUUUCAGGGUCGCGGGGGGCGCUGGAGCCUAUCCCAGCUGUCAUAGGGCGAGAGGCGGGGCCUACACACAGGGACAGACAACCAUUCACUUGCACAU